AAGCCUAGCGACUUGCCCACCGAGUCAGUGCGUACGAGUCUCUGUUCAAUGUUGUUCGCACACCCUCGCGUAUCGCAAUGGCACUCGAGUGUCGCGUGCGUAUGGUUCUGCACCAUCAUCAUGUGAAGAUCUUGCCGAGGUGCAUCUUGCGCCGAUCCCGACCACCAUGUCCGAGCUCGCUAUGAGCACAAGACAUUGGAAGUUACUGCACCUUCUGUACAUCCUCUCCACGUAAGAGACAGCAACAUGUCAGGCCUACGGAUACUGGUGCCUGUGAAGCGAGUAGUCGACUAUGCGGUCAAGCCGCGAGUCAACAAGGCGCAAACCGCCGUGGAGACGUCGGGUGUGAAACACAGUAUGAAUCCGUUUGAUGAGCUAUCAAUAGAGGAAGCUGUACGGUUACGAGAGCGUAAAAUGCCUGUCGAAGACAUCCUCGCCUUCUCUGCCGGUCCCGCAAAAAGUCAAGAUGUACUCCGAACAGCAAUGGCGAUGGGCGCAGAUAGAGGCAUCCUCGUAGUCGAGGAGAAGACUGAGCUAGAGCCGUUAGGCGUCGCGAAACUGUUGGCAAAGGUUGUCGAGGACGAGAAACGGAAUCUGGUCAUCCUCGGCAAGCAGAGUAUCGACGAUGAUGCGAACCAGACGGGCCAAAUGCUGGCGGGACUACUGAACUGGCCCCAAGCGACGCAAGCGUCGAAGGUUGAUGUGGAGGGUGAUACGUGUACGGUGGUGCGGGAAGUGGAUGGCGGUGUUGAGACGCUUCGGGCGAAGCUGCCCAUGAUCAUAACGGUGGAUCUCCGGCUGAACGAGCCUCGGUAUGCGAGUUUGCCGAAUAUUAUGAAGGCGAAGAAGAAGCCUUUGGAGAAGAAGACGCUGGCGGACUAUGGCAUCGAUGCGAACAAGCGGUUAAAGACUGUGAAGGUCACGGAACCUCCGCCACGGCAAGGCGGUGGCAAGGUUGAGGAUGUCGAUGGCAUGAUCAGCAAGCUCAAGGAGCUGGGCGCGAUAUAGGGCUGUAUGUGCUUCCAAGGGCGAGCUAUCAACUGACUGUGUACUUGAAAGACACACCAUUGUCGCGUGUUCCAGUCCGAGGAUCGAGGCAGUAGCGAGCUCCGGUGCCUUCCUUAUUCGAGGUUUGUCCUUACGAUGCCCCUUAGGAAUCUGCUUUGGUGACACAGAAAGAUUCCUGCUGAGGAGAGACACUUUGUUCAUUUACCUAUGCGACUCUCUCACUGGCUGGAGUCACCGAACGCCCGCUCCGCUACCUGCU